CACAAACACUCUGCAGUAGUACAGCUACUCCCACUCCAGCAGAGGCUCUCGCUGCUCACCCAACAAGCGUUGGCAGCAGCGAACACCCUGUGUCUUGUCCUGAGCAUCUGCUAGCAGGCAUCCUCACACAGCAUAACAAUGCAGUCACCCGCUCGUGUGCCACUUCAACCACGAGCUACCAACAUCGUCUCUCAGCAGCUCCGCGGGACCCUCACUCCAGUCAAGAGUGCAAAGCGAACUUAUCAGCAUGCCAAGUUGGAUGAGAACAGCAAAGUCGCUGGUCCGCAGCAGCAGCAGCAGCAGCAACAGGCAGCCAAGAUGGAGGUGGAUGACGUUCAAGGGACCGCUGCCGUGACGGAGCGACGGAGUGUCAAGCGCGUCAAAGUAGAUAUGAUGCUCAAAAAGGCAACAGCGGCAGCAACGACUGUGACGCCUGCUGUUGAGGAAGUCUCUGCCAAAGAUACAACGACAUCCGUGUCUCAAGCAUUGCAGAUCCGUCGAUGGGCUCAGACGUACUUAAAGCAGUUCCCCUCGCACAUCUUCUACUUCGAUCAUUGCUCAGAAGAGGAUAUCAGGAAAUGUACAAAGCGUAUCCACAUGCUCGACGGCAAUGUCGAACCGUUCUUCAGCAAAAAGGUCAAUGUCGUGGUAACGACGCGAGAGUUCCAAAAGAAAGACUCCCUGCGAGGCGAUGAUUCGCAAGAAGCUAGUGCAAAAACUGAUCCAAAACAACCUGCCAAUGACGUCCUGGUCAAAGCACAAGCCAUGAAUAUUCGAAUUUGGUCACUCAAGAAGCUCAAAGACUCUGUCCUCAAGCAUCUCCUUGCUGAAUCUCAGACGCAGCCUGCACGCGCCGCUCAAUCACUCUCACACAGUCUUCGCAAUGAAAAGACACUUGGUACAAAUUCCGAGAAUAUCAUACCAUUCACAGGUCCAUUCAUCCUAUGUCGCGACAUGUCGGAAGCUUAUCGACCCAUCAUGAUGCGUGAGUGGAAAGCUACUGAACACUCACGCGAUGGCGAAUGGCCACAGUGGCGCGUCACCAAGUUUGGGCGAUGUCCCUUUCAACGCGACUUGACGGCAGAACAGAGCAAGUACCAGGGCAAAGUCACGACAGUUCGACCGGAUCGUGCAAAGUUGUCGUAUGAUCACAUCAAUGCAUCUGGUAUGGUGCAAAUUACCAGUGCCAUUCAGUCCAAUAUCGGCAAGAUUGGUCGUUCAAAUGGAUUAGGUCCGACAGGCAAGGAAAAUGCUGGCUCGAAUGCAGUUGCCAGUCUGCACAAGAAGGCGGUCACUUCCAAGCGCCUCCCCAAGAUGUUGACGACCAUUGAGCCUGUUGAACCCAAAAAGGUCAAGGUGGAGCUCAAGAGUGGUUACUGCGAGAAUUGCAGGGACAAGUUUGAGAGUAUCGAGGCACACCUCAAGAGUUUGCCACAUCGACAGUAUGCGAGCAAUGAGGAGAACUUUCGAGAGCUGGAUGUCUUGCUUGGCAAAUUGAAGCGUGUACCCUUGCCUGGUGUGCAUGUCCCGUUGCCCUCUGGCCAUGGACGAUCGUAACAACGCAUGAUUAGGCUGUACACUAUUGUUGAUCCAGUUCUCUUUUGCAUCUCGUCCUUGGCAAGGCAAUGGAAUCUCGCUAGAGUCAUCUUGGGCUUGAAGUCUUGUCAGCACUUAAUCGUUUUUACUCAAUCAACCAACAUGCCUGUCACCCCUUGCAUUGUUGAAGUCUUGUCACACUUAUGACAGUCCGUAUCAAGAAGAAUGCUUUGCUCUUCUAUGUCUAUGAAUGCUUGAUGCUGAUAUGCUUAUGCUGGUCGUGUGUGUUUCGUCUGGCGUUAUUCAUGUCACUCCAGGGAGGUCAAUCGCUCUCCAUCCACCCAAUAAAAGUUGGUAUG